AUGUUCGUUUCGUGGCAAAAUGAAAAUGGGAUGGAUUGCAAACUCAUCGGUCCAGAGACCAAAUGCCUCUGUCAGUGCCGGUACAAACGACACCAGACGGAUGUGACGGAGAUAAAUGAAAAGACGAAGAAGAUUCCUUGCGCCGACUGCGGGUGUAAAGGAUUUACAUAUGUCCCGGCAAAUGGUCCCCGACAGCUCCGAUGCGGGCGAUGCAAGUGCGAAGCAAGUGUUCAUAACGCGAAAGUGACGCCUUUUAAGUGCCUAAAGUGCUCGAAAUGCCCUGGUUUCAUGACUGCUGCUCGUUGCUCUUGCGGAAAACUCGCGCCAGCUCACCGUUUGGUUGUGGAAUCGAAAGAAGAACGCGCUGCUGCAGGAAAACCGAUCGGAAUUGAUUGCAUUUACAAAGCGAUGGGUGGAAUCACCGGCUUCUCAAGUCUUCUCGACGGAGCGCAGAGGCUUGAUCCAAGUGGACUUGGCGACUUUCCUUCGAUAGCCGCUGCAUAUAAAGCUCUAGAGUAG